AUGUCUCAACCUGUGAAGCUCCAUUGUUUGGCUGAUGUUUGUAUUAUUCCAAUUGGUACUGGUUCGGCCUCAGUAUCAGAUGAAGUUGCUAAAGUCCAAUUAUAUCUAGAAAAAAGUGGUAUUAAACACACUCUACAUUCAGCAGGAAGCACAUUAGAAGGUGAAUGGUCUGAAUGUUGCAAUGUUAUUGGUCAGCUUCAUGAAAUGUUACACAAAGAGGGUGUAUUAAGAGUACAAAGUGAUAUAAGAAUCGGAACUAGAACUGAUAAAUCUCAAACUGCUCAAGAUAAGAUUGAUAUCGUUCAAGAAAAGAUGAAGAAAGGGUUUAACUAG